UGACAGAUGGAAGGCGGGAGACGCUCCUCACGGCUGUCUUUCUCGGUCCGUUGGUCCAUCCCGGUUCCCAUUGUCUCCCCCUCUUCACUUCUUCAAGACAAACCCUGAGGCAAGAAACUGAAACAAGACGUCAUUUGGCUCGGAUCCGUUUUUGCGCGUCACGUUUGGAGACUACUUCGACGGGAAUUUAACAUCGCUCAAUUCUGCGCGAAAUUUGCACAGCCGUAUGUUUUUGUUAUUGCUUUUGUAUUUAUUACAGUGGAAGUGUCUUUAUCAUAAAGAAGAAAGCAGGGGAUCAACCUAUCAUCUGAUGUCGGUUCUGACAAAAAUAAAGAAAAAACAAAACCUUGUUGUGGACCUGAAGGGGAGAUGAUCCUAAGGAGGGGGACUCAUUAAACAGAAGAGACACAGAAAUCAUCGUCCGGGAGGCUGACAUAUAUCAGAAGACCCCAUCAACGCUUUCAGCCUCCACUCCCUGUCUGGAUAAGUCAGGACAUUUAGAAGAAAAACUCGUGUGGAAAGAAGAUAGCAGUGUUUGGGUGAGGAUGUUGCCGCUACGUGCCCGUCACUUCCCCUGAGACACGAAGAGGAGAGGAGCCCGUUUAUGUGUGGGGGGAUUAAAAAAUAGAUACAAGGACCACUUUCACUUGUUUCCUCCACCUGGAAACAAAUUACGCUUACCAAAGCAGGCAAUCGGGGCAUUAAUCGGAUUAUUGAGCAAGAGAUCUGUGGGUCCAGGAUUGUGCUAGUUCAGCAAGGAUAAAGAUGCGAGUCAAUGAGAUGAGCCCUGGACGGAUUACUAGUCCAACAAGGUGAAGUCUGGAAAAGCUGAAUGGACACAGAACAUUUUCUCACCAAUGCAGGGGAGUUUUUAUUUUGUUUACUAGGAGAAGACCUGUUUGAUUUUUUCCUGCUCAAAUGCACAUUAUCAGCCAGUUAGUCAAGAUAAAUCAUAAUUUGUUGUCUUGAAUUCUCCUAAAUUGUCCUAAAGGCCCUCUCUCCAUAAUUAAUAUCUGACCUGUGUUAAAAAAAGGAGACCACUUAUAAGCCUUUCAUCUGAAGGAGGUAGUUACACCUGAUCACACAGGGGCUGCACUCUGCACUCAGAGGCCGCUGAGCAGCGCCUUCAACAGGGGCUGCCAGGCAGCCCCUCACUGGAGGGGGGUGGAGGUGAAGGAGAGACUUUGGGAAUUAUCUAGAGUUUCUGGACCUUUGCAUAGAAGGAGAAGGACAUCAUGGGGUGUUGCAGCGGCAGGUGCACCUUGGCCUUCAUCUGUGGCAUGCAGCUGGUCAGUGUGUUGGAGCGUCAGGUGAUUGAUUUCCUGGGCUACCAAUGGGCUCCCAUCCUGACCAACUUCCUACACAUCAUCGUCGUCAUCCUGGGGCUGUUUGGCACCAUUCAGUUCAGGCCCAAAUAUGUCACUGGAUAUGCAGCCUGGCUUGUCAUCUGGAUGACCUGGAAUGUUUUCAUCAUUUGUUUCUACCUGGAGGUUGGAGAUCUGUCCAGAGAAUCUGACCUUGUCCUGACGUUCAACCUGUCCAUGCAUCGUUCCUGGUGGAUGGAGAACGGCCCUGGGUGCAGGGUAACACCCAUCACCCCUCCUCCUACCUGGGCACCCGAGGACCACCGAUAUAUAUCUAUAUCUGGCUGUCUGAUGGACUUUGAGUUCAUAGAAGUGGCUCAUUCCUCACUGCAGAUACUCCUAGCUUUGGCGGGGUUUAUCUAUGCCUGUUAUGUGGUCAAGCUCAUUUCUGAAGAAGAAGAUAGUUUUGAUUUUAUAGGAGGAUUUGACUCCUAUGGUUACCAAGGACCCCAGAAGACCUCCCACCUCCAGCUACAGCCUAUGUACAUGUCAAAAUAAACCCAGAAGCUACUCCAGAGGAACUGCCUUACCAAUGCAGAGCCCUUCGUUUACCACUCCACCACUCUCUUCCAACAAACAGAGACAGACAUGUAAACAGAGGAUAGAUCACACUCUCCAUCUCUAUCUCCAAAUCUUUGAAAAGCUCAAUCAGGUGGCAUUCCCUGGCUCUGUUUGUCCGACGAUGGAGUCCCUGAUUAAAUACUGGCAUCACGUGGCCAAAAGUGGUAACUGCAGCACUUGUCCGCCACAAUGAUUUCAUGUUUUUGAAGUCCAGUAAAAAGCCAAUAUUAUGAUUUGCUCCCUGUUUUUUUUUUUUUUUUUGCUAAUGGAUAUCAGUGCUGUGAGGGAACACCAAGGGGAUGCAAUCAGUUCUGCUUUUCCACAGGCUUUCUGAAAGAAUUUAAAAUCCUGCUUUCAAAUGUCAAAACUGAGCCCAAUACAUUCAAGAAACAUUAAUAAAAUGAUCCUGCUCAAGAUUCCUUGAGUACUUUCACACAGAUGCGUCUGACCAAAGACUUUAAAGUAAAAGAAUUAGCCUUUUAAAACUUAACUGAGUUUUUUCUGCUCUUGGUGCCUGACAGUUCACUUACCAGACUUCCAAACAGGAACCUGUAAAGGCAAUUACCGAUUGAGGAAUGUUAGACAUCGCUUUUCUUAAACCUAUUUUUCCUGCUGCAUUCAGGAUGUCAUCAUGGCGGCAAAAAGUGAAAGCUUGAAGGAAUACCCGGCUCGCUCUUAUACCUGUGUUCUAUGAAUGUCAACUAACAGUGUAAUGUGAUGACUUACAGGCUCUCAGCUCACACAUGCAUGUGGACGAGAUAACAUGCAUGCACACCUACGCAGGUCCUUCUUACUAAUGUGAAUCUUAACGAAGUUUACAAAAGCAAUGCUGUCUCCUUCACAGAAAGGCUGGACAGGAAUGGACAGAGGUGACCCCCCACACCUUUAGCUGCAGCGUUUCGAGAGGCUCGUCAGAGGCUCGUCUUGCCAUGCUGUCUAAAUAUUUUGUCUUCCACUCAGGACAGAAGCAUGGAGGUCGACAGAAAGAGCUAAGCUCCUCCGACCCCUGCUCAGUCGUAUCUACAGUCCCUUGCAAAAGUAUUAUUAGAAUUUGAGUUUUUUAAACUAUAAGCAUAACCUUCAAUGGGUUUCAAUAAAGAUGUAAUGUGAUAGAUAGAACACAAAGUAGUGCAUAGUUGGGAAAUAUAGGAAAAGGAGGCUUUUUUUUAAUGAUUUACAAAGAAAAAUCUAAAAGGUUUGGUGUGCUUUUGUUGUCAGCGCCUUUUAAUUCAGUACCCUGAAAUAAAAUCCAAUGCAACCAACUGCUGUCAUAGCUUACCUAGGUAGUUAAUGGAGAACACCAUUGAGUAAUUUAAACUCAGCCGAUCCAUGUUCCUCAUUGGAAAACAGAAAAGAACAGCAUCACGGCAAACCUACCAAUACAUGCCCUUUCACCUAAACUGACAGGUUGAGCAUUAAUCAGAGAAACAGACAAGAGGCCCAUUGUAACUCUGGAGAAGCUGCAGAGAUCGGCAGCUCAGGUGGCAGAAAGGUUUUACAGGAUUGCUAUUAGCUGUGCAUUAAACAACUGCUGCCUUUGAGAAUAGUAUAUAGAUGGAUAGAAGAGCGGACACGUGAUCUUAACAGCAUUAAUUAACAAUGUUUCAAUCCUACUUUGAUCAGCGCUUGGCCAAACUACAAUGAGGUACACUGUUAUAUAGAGACAAAUGCACACCACACUUUUCUGAUUCUUUCCCUUAAAAUUUUUUUAAAAUGUGUAUUCUUUCCCUUUUCCUUCACAGUUGUGCUUUGUGCAUGAAAUUCCAAUAAAUUAAGUUAAAAUUUGUGGCUGAAGCAUGAGACAUUUUCAAAAGUUCACUUUUUGCAAGAUACUGCAUUAUCAGGCGCAAAUAAACUUUUUUUUGCAAAUUGUAUUAUUAAAACCUAGUCAACAAGCAAACAGGAAUUGUUCAAAGCAACUUUAAUCGAUUGUAACUAAUGCUUAUAUAUGUCCCCAAUAGAAAGACAAUCACAGCAAGCUUCAGUCUUGUCAUGAACAGAAUGCUUAAAAACCCAUGGAAAACAUACAUGGUUCUACAUCAAACAAGUUGGUUUAUUAUUUGUUGUUUUAUAUCAAAUGUCUCAUUUGACAACUGGUGAAAACAUGACUUGGAGAAGCAGCAGAGGCUGAAUCCUCAACAAGAGCGUGCAGACUAUAUUUACCCUCUUUCAAAAAGACAGGAGACUUAGCAAGCCCCUUCUGUCACCUCACAGCUCAAAAUUUUCAAGAUGAAAGUGCCAACACAUCCCGCUCAUGAGCCACAGGCUGGGACCAAAAUCAGGUCGAGAGUUACUCUUCAUGGUUUCCAUGUAAGAAAAAGUAAAGACAUUGCAAGUUAGGAAAAUCUAAACAUACCGCAGUUUGUUUUUAUCUGUCUUCUACUUUUGUUGGAAAAACGACUCAAGUGUUACUCAUUUCGAUUAACUGGACCAAAUGUUUGAGGCCUUUUGCUGAAGACACCCUUCUCUCAACAUAAGGAAGGACUGGUUCAAUCUCCAGUUCUCUUUAGCAGUUUACCUGUUUUGUAAGAGAACUCUGUGGUUUACGUUCAGAGUCGCUCCGCCUGGAGAACAGAGACGGUAUUUUUUGUGUGUUUGCAUGAGGUGUUUCCAAACUGUCGCAUAUUUAAUCUCAUGCCUCGUGUGAUUAACUAGCUUCGUACAAACAAGCAACAAGAAAAACAAAAGGGAUGGGAGCUCUUUGGUUUGUUGGAUGCUCCUCAGCUCUCUUGGAAAGGUCCUAAAUGUGAACUUUGUGCUUUUUUUUGUUGUUUUCUAUAAAUAAGAGUCUGCAGAGUUUAGGAGAACGUAGGUACUGCGAUGUAAAAUGAUGAAACGUAACUUUGAUCUUCUAGAUGUCUUUUUUAUUCACAUGUGGCUGUGUUUACUGUUUUUUCUAGCUGACUAUUAAUGUAUGAUGUUGUGUAUAAGUGGGAAAAACUAGGUUUUAUUUCUUCAAAUUGUACAAAGUAUAUGAAAUGGGAGAGUUUGAGAAAAAGAUGCUGAAUAAAACUGCAGAAUUCAAUUUUAUAUCAAUAUCAUCAAGACAUUUUUUGAACUAAACAAAUUGAAAUGUUUUUUGUUGCGAAAUACAAAUUGGAUUUUUAAUUUUUAACUAAAAAACAAUUAACUUCUCUGUUUAUUUGCCUCUGAAGGAGAUGAUUAAUUAAAAAAUCAACUGACACUGUGUGACAAAUAUCCAUUGCAGCAUUUUAAUGAGAAACAAACCUUUAGCAAGUCAGAAAGGUGCAUACAAACUGUGAGUGUGUGUGUGUAGGCACUGUUUUCUGAGUUAUGGUGAACUGCACAACCCUUGACCCAGACCCAGUAAAACCCAUCUGGACUACCACAGCUAAACAACAAUUUAAACUGGACGCCGAGCUCCCUGUGGGUCAAUCAACAGCAGUAACUGCAGUAAUAACUGAGGAUUUUGUGUAGAUCUGAAUCUUUAUGGCCACGAAGAGACUAACAGCACCUUCCACAUUUAUUGGCACUCCCAUAAAUAUGUAUAGAAAGCUUUGAAGUAAAUGCAUCCUUUAUUGCAGUGGCAUAAUCCCACACGGAAAAAUCCAGUAUUUGACUUGACAUUUAUUGAGUGGGGGAAAGGAUCCCACAUGAAGAAAUAAUUGUUUUAAUUAAAAUUAUGUCACCACAGUUAGUGGCACCCCCAGAAAUAAGUUAAUUUAUUCAUUCAAGAAUGCUUCAGUUGGAAAGAUGUGAAAAAGUCUUUGCCAUUUUUCAGAUUUUUUCUGUUUUUGCUUUAAACCUAAAUGUUUCAGUUUAUCAAAUAAAUGCUAAUAUCAAAGAUAGCUUAAGUGAAAACAAAAGCAGAUUUGAAAUGAUGAUUUUAUCUAUUAAGGGAAAAAAAAGCAAUCCAAACCAAAUUUCACUGACCACACCCAGGUCUGAUUACUGCACAGCACUGCACUGGAUGUGGUAUUUAUUCAGUUCAAAGUUAAAAAUUUAUUUAACUUUUCACAUUUGAGGAUUGUUUAGGAAGAUUUACUUAGCAAUCUACAACUAGAGAACCCAUUUCUCUAAGCCACUCAUCAAAAUGGGAAGGCCAAAAAAUCAUGUACUUGCACAUUUGAACAGACAGAGCAAUUAGUAACAAGAUUAAAAAUAACAGAGACAUAACAGACAAGGCUAGCCCAGACCCAAGUGUAUGUUGCUGCAAUGAAAACUGAGGAUGGUAAGAGCAGUAAAAAAAACCUCAGAAGCUGACUGUGGGGAACCGCGUCAAAAUUUUCAAAGUGAGUUUAUGCUUUGUGCCAUAAAAUAUGAAUUUAUUUACCAGUGGUGCCCAUAGUAAAUUUGGACAGUGCUGCAAGACCAUUUAUUCAAACUAUUACAAAGGGUUGAUGGGAAUCCUUUUAUUUCCUAAAAUUCCAACAAAUGUGUAGAUGAAAUCUUUGCUUAAAUGUAACUGAUUUAAACUGAUUUACCACAAUAAGGUGAUUUUUUUAUGUUUUGGUUCUGGGUUGAUUUGUUACAGUUCACCAUGGACUAUAACCAUGUAUGUUUGCUCCUCUUUUUAUGCUGGUUUUCCCACAGGUGACUGUACAUAAACUAGACAGCUGGGAUUAAAGUAGAGUGUGGAGAAUGACGGUC